CUUGUCCGCCCUACAACCCCCAUGGGCUGCCGCCCGCCGCCGCCUCGGCUGCCACCCAGGACAAGGCAAGGAUAAGCGCAGGACCAGACGGACACCAUGUCUGGAGACUAUGAGGAUGACCUCUGCCGGCGGGCUCUCAUCCUGGUCUCAGACCUCUGUGCACGGGUCCGAGACGCCGACACCAAUGACAGGUGCCAGGAGUUCAAUGAGCUGCGAAUCCGAGGCUACCCCCGGGGUCCAGAUGCAGACAUUUCCGUGAGCCUGCUGUCGGUCAUCGUCACAUUCUGUGGCAUUGUCCUCCUGGGUGUCUCUCUCUUUGUGUCCUGGAAGUUGUGCUGGGUGCCCUGGCGGGACAAGGGAGGCUCGGCAGUGGGCGGCGGCCCCCUGCGGAAAGACCUAGGCCCUGGGGUUGGGCUGGCCGGCCUGGUGGGUGGUGGCGGGCACCACCUGGGGGCUGGCCUGGGUGGCCAUCCUCUGCUCGGCGGCCCACAUCACCAUGCCCACACGGCCCACCAUCCGCCCUUCGCCGAGCUGCUGGAGCCGGGCAGCUUGGGGGGCUCCGACCCCCCGGAACCCUCUUACUUGGACAUGGACUCAUAUCCAGAGGCGGCAGCAGCAGCUGUGGUAGCUGCUGGGGUCAAACCAAGCCAGACAUCUCCUGAGCUGCCCUCCGAGGGCGGGGCAGGAUCUGGGUUGCUCCUGUUGGCCCCCAGUGGUGGGAGCUUGCCCAGUGCCCAGUCACAUCAGCAGGUCACAAGCCUAGCGCCCAGCACCAGGUACCCAGCCCUGCCCCGGCCCCUCACCCAGCAGACUCUGACCACCCAACCUGACCCGAGCAGCGAGGAGCGGCCACCUGCCCUGCCCCUGCCGCUCCCCGGUGGAGAGGAAAAAGCCAAACUCAUUGGGCAGAUUAAGCCGGAGCUGUACCAGGGCACGGGACCAGGUGGCCGGCGGGGUGGCGGGGGCUCUGGCGAGGCAGGGGCACCCUGUGGCCGCAUCAGCUUUGCCCUGCGGUACCUCUAUGGCUCCGACCAGCUGGUGGUACGGAUCCUGCAGGCCUUGGACCUCCCCGCAAAGGACUCCAAUGGGUUUUCGGAUCCCUAUGUGAAGAUCUACCUGCUGCCAGACCGCAAGAAGAAGUUUCAGACCAAGGUGCAUAGGAAGACCCUGAACCCUGUCUUCAACGAGACGUUUCAGUUCUCCGUGCCCCUGGCUGAGCUGGCGCAGCGUAAGCUGCACUUCAGCGUCUAUGACUUUGACCGCUUCUCGCGGCAUGACCUCAUCGGCCAGGUGGUGCUAGACAACCUCCUGGAGCUGGCCGAGCAGCCCCCCGACCGCCCGCUCUGGAGGGACAUCGUGGAGGGCGGCUCGGAAAAGGCAGAUCUUGGGGAGCUCAACUUCUCACUCUGCUACCUCCCCACGGCCGGGCGUCUCACCGUGACCAUCAUCAAAGCCUCUAACCUCAAAGCGAUGGAUCUCACCGGCUUCUCAGACCCCUAUGUGAAGGCCUCUCUGAUCAGCGAGGGGCGGCGUCUGAAGAAGCGGAAGACCUCCAUCAAAAAGAACACCUUGAACCCCACGUACAAUGAGGCGCUGGUGUUCGACGUGGCCCCCGAGAGUGUGGAGAACGUGGGGCUCAGCAUCGCCGUGGUGGACUAUGACUGCAUCGGGCACAACGAGGUGAUCGGAGUGUGCCGCGUGGGCCCCGAGGCCGCCGACCCCCACGGCCGCGAGCACUGGGCGGAGAUGCUGGCGAACCCCCGCAAGCCCGUGGAGCAUUGGCAUCAGCUGGUGGAGGAAAAGACUCUGACCAGCUUCACCAAAGGCAGCAAAGGACUAUCAGAGAAAGAGAACUCAGAGUGAGGGGUCUGGCCUAGGCCCGGGAUCGGACCAGGCCCCCAUCCCUUCCUGCCCGGACUGUGAACUCAUCUCCUCGAAGCCAUAAUGUCCGAGCUGCUGGUGCGGGGCAGCCCUGGGCUUGCCCUUUCUCCCCCUGGAGCGGGAGGCGGGGAGGCAGGCCCAGCUCCCUGUUUCAGGGUGGGGGGCUUUCAGCCUCCACUGUCUGUCUUCUCUUUCCUGGGGCUCCCCCUCGAGGCAAGGGGCCGUGCAUGUCUGGGGGACCCCCGCCCCACAAACCCUCUGUCUCUGUCUCUUGACUGUUGUCCAAGACUUGGUGUCCUGACCCUUGUACGUAUGUGAAUGUCAUCAGACCAGUCCUCUGUGUCCCCCAACACUCGCUCACACCUAUGUCCGCCCCUUGUGUUCGCCACACCCCGUGUCUGGCCGAUCCCCCCACCGCUGCUGCUAUCAACGCCAGAAUAAACACACUCCGUGGGUCUCACUCA